CUGGUUCAUCCCGCCUGAUGUGUGCGAGUUUCAUCUUGUGAGGUGCCUUCCCUAGGAGACACAGUGAUGAGUUCAGAGGAUUCAAACCCGGCUGCUACUCCUACUCCUUGCGUGGACAGUCAGGGAGAUGGGCGUUGGAUGUCUCUGCAUAACCGCUUUGUAGCAGACAGCAAGGACAAGGAGCCAGACGUUCUGUUUGUCGGAGACUCACUUGUUCAACUCUUACACCAAUUCGAGGUAUGGCGAGAGCUGUUCUCCCCACUGCAUGCUCUGAAUUUCGGGGUAGGGGGUGAUGCCACACAGCACGUUCUCUGGAGGCUGAGCAAUGGAGAGUUGGAUCACAUCAGCCCAAAGGUGGUAGUGCUGUGGGUGGGAACCAACAAUCACGGCCACACGCCGGAGCAGAUCAGCGGGGGCAUUGCCGCCAUCGUCCGCCUCAUCAACAGCAAGCUCCCCCGUGCCCACACCCUCGUACUGGGUUUGCUGCCCAGGGGUAAGAGCCCCAACCCCCUCCGAGAGAGGAAUGCCCAGGUCAACCAGCUGGUCCAGCAGGCCGUGCCCACCCUCCCUCGCACCUCCUUCCUUAGCGUGGACCCUGGCUUCGUGCACUCAGACGGGAGCGUAUCCCACCAGGACCUGUACGACUACCUGCACCUGACCCCCAGCGCGUACCAGGCGGUGUGCAAGCCCCUGCACGCCGCCAUCAAGGCCCUGCUGGAGGCCCCAGCCGACAACUGAGAGCAGCCCAGGGCCUGGCAGGCUCGCUGACGCUCAGGUCAUGUUCACGGGCCAAGAAACAGGAUAAAGCAGUGCAUCGAUUGCCAGUCGCCAUAUCUCUUCGUUUCUUCUCCUGCCUUCCUCCUCUCUCGUGCCCACUGAAGCAAGUGGAUGCGGGGGGUUUGUCCGUAACUGUCUCAUGACGUCUUGUAAUUGUGAAAAUCAAUAAUAAUUUGACAAAAUUCUGUUCAGUGUACUGAUAAUGGAAGAAAAUAAUGCACUCAAUUCAGUAUACAAGAGCCUAAAUCCAUAGAUUGACUGAGUUGGGGAUGUUAGGGGUGUCACUGAUCUGUUAAUGUGAGAUAGAAGUAGUAGAGUAAUUUUGUCUCAUUGGUCACACUGAUGAAAAGAGAUAAAGACUGGCCGUGCUGAAUGACUGAGACACAGAAAUGACCUGAGGAAUGACUACAGCAAGAAUGAAGGUAGAGAGGAGGAGAUACACUAAAUUCCAAAUGUGAAAGCAUUCCAGACCCUCACAGUUACACACCCACUUUCUCUUAAUUUCAAUAAUUAAAAAGUCAAAAUAGCUAGAGCAAGAUGGGAUCGUGGGAUUUUUUUCUGAAGUUUAUAUUGUUGAAUAAUUCCUUUCUUUGUAUAUACUCUGAUUAUCCUUACUCAUCAUGGUAUCCAUAUUGUCUGACCCUGAGAGAGUGUGCAUUCCAUGUCACUGUGGAUGUGCAU